AGGACCCAGAAACCCGGGAUUCACCACCAUGGAACCCUGUCGGUCCCUGGCCCUGCUCACUGGCUCCCUGGGCCUGGUUUCCAUGGUGGUUGCUCUGAGCACGAAUUUCUGGAUCGUGGCCAUGGGACCCAGCAUGUCAGCUCACACGGGCCUCUGGCCAAGCGAAGGCUCAGUGGCAGUCUACAUCCGUGUGACACAGAGCUUCAGCAUCCUGGCCACCUUGUGUAUCCUGGUGUCCGUGGUCAUCCUGGCCCUGUCCUUCUUCCCCUUGCUGUCUGCCCCAGGCCGCAGCCCCCUCUUUGCCGCCAUCACAGCCUUAACUGCAGCCCUCUUCAUGAUAGUGGCCAUGGCGGUGUACACCAGUGAACGCUGGGUCCAGGUUCCAGGAUCGCAGAUCCAAGUCUUCUUCGGCUGGUCCUUCUAUGUGGGCUGGGUCUCAGUUCUCCUCUUGCUCUGUACAGGUGCCCUGACUAUGGAUGCCUACUGUGGUGCUCGCCGGCCUGGCUAUGAAGCUGUGUGAGCAGAAAGGCAAGAACAGCAGGAUACGCUUUGGGGCACUGUUUUCCAGAAGGCAUCAUAAGGAGCCACGGGCGUACCUGACCCUCCGUCCCUCACACCUCUCUAGUCCCUCCC